AUGCAGACCGAGACACUCAUAUUGUUGGCUGCCGCCACAUUCCUUUUCAUACUUUACACGCUUGUGUUGCAGCCGGCACUCUUCAGCCCGCUUGCAAGGAUCCCUACCGCACACUGGUCCUGUUCUUUGUCCAACUACUGGAUACUGCGUGCCAGAAAGCAAGCGAAAGAAAAUGAGACGCUCCUCAAAGCUCACUUGAGGCAUGGGCCAAUUGUUCGAGUCGCGCCCAACACGUUGAGCGUAGACGGGGUAGAUGCCAUGCGGGCGAUAUAUCAGGGAGGUUAUGAGAAGUCCGACUGGUACAGAGUCUUUGAUAACUAUGGCGUUCCACACGUGUUCUCAACUUUGGGGUCCAAGGAACACUCGCGCAGAAAACGGAUGAUUUCCAACGUCUACUCCAAGUCCUAUAUCCACGCGUCAGCCCCGGCUAGAGCUCAGAGCAGGGCUAUUUUGCUGGGGAGGCUCGUCCCGCUGCUCAGACGAGAAGCUGCAAAGCCCGACGCCAAAGGCACAGAAGUACAGUCUAUAUUCAUGGCGACAACGAUGGAUCUUAUUUCAUCGUAUGUUUUCGGAAUGCGAAACAGCACCAAUUUUAUCGAGGACACGUCGUAUCGAGACCGCUGGCUGCAACUGUAUCUCUCGCGGCACCGUCAUCACUUCUGGCCCCAAGAACUUCCCGGCCUGACAAGGUUAUGUAGAAAGCUAGGCAUUCGACUGUACCCAUCAUUUGUCGAUGACGCCAAUGAAGAAAUACGGGUGUGGAACAAAAACAUGUGUGACAGGACUGAACAAUCGAUGGACAAUGAUGUCGAGGGGCUACAUCUACCUGCUGAUGAAGCGGUUGUCUUCAAGGCGAUGCACGCAGGCAUUGACAAGGAAGAGAAGACGGAAGGGCAGGCCUCGUUGCUUUAUAGCACUUCUAUUCAGAAGAAGAGUUUGGCAGUGGCCAGUGAGGUUCUGGAUCAACUGCUGGCUGGUCAUGAGACUGCCGGUAUUGUGCUGACUUACAUCGCUUGGCGACUGUCUCGGUCGCCCGACGUCCAGGAACAGCUUCGAACAGAGCUUGUCUCAAUGGAACCACCUGUACAUGACGGCAGUGAGUUACCGGACCCAAAACAGCUGGAUACCUUGCCCGUCUUGAAUGCGAUUGUGAUGGAGACGCUUCGUCUGCAUGCGCCUAUUCCGGGGCCACAACCACGGUCUACCCCGUAUCCAGGUUGUCGAAUUGGGGGAUAUGACAUCCCGGGCGGUGUCCGGAUUGCGUCUCUAGCGCAUACGCUUCAUCUAGACGAGAGGGUAUACCCGGAUGCGCGAACAUGGGACCAUACACGAUGGCUUGCGCAAGAGGUGAACGACGACAACAGGACGCAGAUGAAUCGGCAAUUUUGGGCCUUUGGCAGUGGUGGACGCAUGUGUAUUGGCUCGAAUUUCGCACUGACAGGUAUUAAAAACAUUAUUGCGGCAAUUUACACCAAUUUCACGACAUCCGUUGUCGACGAUGACGGUAUGGAACAGACGGAUGGGUAUUCAUCCAGACCGGCGGGGGACAAGCUGUACCUGAGGCUCACCGCUGUGUGA